AAAACUUACAAAAACAAAGGCAAACUCAACCUAUAAAUACAUACAUUUAGAUAAGGACAAACAAAUGUAAAUAAUUAAUACAAGAAGAAUAAACUUCUCUUGCAAAUCGAAUCACAUCAAUCCCAACACACAGUGCCUUCUAAAUUCAACUCAUUCACAGAAUCUUUCACUUCACAGAUUUACAUACACAUGAACAUAUCAGUAAAUCACGUUUAGUAACACCAAUUUGAUUCAUCAUCACCCCUCUAAUCCCGAUCAUCAAAACCCAUUUUUUCAAACUUCAAAAAAACACAGAUAAAAUCAAAAAGAUUCGAACUUUACACGAACUAGUGCAUAUUCUUGCAAUUGCUUUCUGGGUUUGUCUCAAGGUUUUGAUCUGAGUGGAGGGGUGUGUGCUUUUUUGAAUUUGGAAUUAGGGUUUUGAUGGGUCAGUCCAACAAGAGUGUUAGAGUGAUCGGGGAUUAUUUGGUGGGCAAGCAAAUCGGGUCGGGUUCAUUUUCAGUUGUGUGGCAUGGGAAGCAUAGAGUUAAUCAUACAGAAGUUGCAAUCAAAGAGAUUGUUACUGGGAGAUUAACCAAGAAAUUGGAGGAGAGUUUGUUGUCGGAAAUUCGGAUAUUGAGACAUAUUAAUCAUCCUAAUAUCAUUCACUUGUAUGACAUGAUUCAGGAACCAGGAAAGAUAUACUUUGUGUUGGAAUUUUGCAAAGGGGGUGAUCUUUCGAUGUUUCUUCACAAACGUAAAGGAAGAAUCACGGAAUCUACUGCAAAGCACUUCAUGCUGCAGCUCGCAUCGGGACUUAAAAUCCUUCGAGACAAUGAUCUCAUACAUCGAGACUUAAAGCCGCAGAAUCUACUUCUAUCAACUCCUGGCGACGACUCAGUUUUAAAGAUUGCAGAUUUUGGUUUUGCAAGAUCUUUAGAACCGAGAAACCUUGCUGAAACACUCUGUGGAUCGCCCUUGUAUAUGGCUCCAGAAAUAAUGCAGCUGCAGAAAUAUGAUGCAAAGGCUGAUCUCUGGAGUGUUGGUGCAAUUUUAUUUCAGCUUGUAACUGGGAGAACUCCUUUUACAGGAAACAAUCAGAUACAGUUGCUCCAGAAUAUAAUGAGGUCGACUGAAUUGGCUUUUCCUCCACAUACAACGGGUUUGAGCCUCGAAUGCAUAGAUUUGUGCCGAAAGUUGUUGCGGCCCAAUCCAGUGGAAAGGCUGACUUUUGAGGAGUUCUUUAACCAUCCAUUUCUUUCUCAGAAACUGUCUGAUAAAUCAUUGAGAAGUUUAACAUCAGUGGGAAAAGGUGACUUCCCCACAAACAAGACCAAUCCUGACUUAAGAACAAACAAAAAUUCCAAAGAUCAGUUGCCUUCUAGUCCAGAAGAUAAACCCACUGGUCCUGAAAGAAGUCUAACCCACAUCAACAAGUCUCCUUUAAGAUCUACUUAUGGAUUUUCUGUGGAUACAAGAGCCGAGAAGAAAAAUGUGCAGAACUUUUCAAGCAACACGGAUCUGUCUAUUAAGGAUACUUGUGAUAGACAAAAACCGGAGCUUCUGGCUUAUAACUUCAGCAACAGUAAUCCAUCUGAAGGAAACAUAGAGAAAUCUCUGAAAACAGUGGACCAUCAAACAGUAAUUGUUCCUUCAACAGUUCUGGAUUCAUUCGAGUUAAUUGCUCAGGAAUAUGUUAUGGUCUCUAAUCCGCCUCUGGACAUGUCAUCGUCAGAUUGUGCCUCAGAGCUUAACCAUGUACCAUCCAAAGUAAAGCACCCUCUUCUUGGUGGGAAUAUUAACUUGAAACCAAAUAUCCCUGUAACCAUUAUUGCAGCUACCACUAAUGAAAGCUGCCAUGGUAACAUGGGAAACCAUGGUUCUGCUCCAUCUGGGACUUCAAUAGGUUCCUUCUGUGUCAGGGAAUCUUCAGGUCUGCCAUCUACAGAUUACGUUUCAAGAAUUAAGUUGCUGCAGAACUGUGCAUCGACCAUUACACAAUUAGUGCAUGAGAAGGUUGAAUCUGGAAAGCAUUUAGAAGCAUUCUCAGUACAGCUUGUAAUUCUAGCAAUAUGGAAGCAAGCGCUUCAUAUUUGCCAUACACAAGCUGCAUCAGCUAUAGAAGGGAGUCCAACCCAAGAAACCGUGAGAGAACUUGCUAGCAACGAUCAUGCUACUCCUAAUAGCCGAGAACAUCUUAUUUCUGCUAACUGGCAAAAUCCACAAGAUGUUUACUCUCAUAUUGAAGGGGCAUUUCUCCUUGAAGUUGGGAACGCGGAGGAACUUGCCAAGCUUAUUGAGCCUGGAAACCAGGAGAUGCCAGAUGCAAUGGAAACGAUAUAUCAGUCGGCCCUUGAUUCGGGCAGACAUGGGGCUGUCCACGAGUUCAACGGCAACACUGAAGAUGCAGCAGAAUUUUAUUCAAAAGCACUGUGCUUGUUAAAUUUUCUUCUACUCGAGGGUCCCUCACUCAUUAUAAACCAUCCUUUUUCUCUCACAAACUCGGACCGUUAUAGGCUGCAAACAUAUAUUGAUGUCCUAAACAACCGGCAAAACCAUUCAAGGUCUCAAAGGAUGGUUCUUCUUAAUUGUGAAGAUCAACAAUCCCCGCCUUAAAUACAAAGGGAGCUGUUAAUAUUGACUUGUGAGACCUCUCCCUGUUCACUUUGUAUAUAUUCUUAAUGUACAGGCAUUCUUUUAGGGACUUUGGAACUUUAGCAGAGUUCACCUCCCUCUAUAUUCAAAAUUUCACGAGCUGUAAAUCUAGAAGUAAAAAUAUACUAGAGCCGAACUAUUUCGAGUUAAUGCCCUACUCUAUUAUGAGUGUAGGGGUUCUUUGCAUUAACAAUUUCGAGUUAAUGCCCUAAUAUGUGAUAUUCUUGAAAUCUCGUUGUAAUAUGGUGCUUUUGAGUUUCAGGAAUGCAAAGUUACUAUUUUAUUAA